CGUUUUUUCAUGCUAACUUCGACCCCGAGGGUGCCCAUAAAUUGGCUCGUUACGUUAGUCAGCGCGCCGGCGACCAUGUCGGCGGUUGGGAUAAAUUGGAGUAUCAGAGCGUCGUCGCGGACAAGCUCACGAAGACUUGGACGUGGCGAUGGCCGACAUGUCGUCGCAAAACAAGGUGACGUGCUCUUGCGGUACGCCAAGGUCCGUCAUCAACCCGCGGAGCCACGUACUAUAGAUUCGCGGGUGGCUUCAGCGGCGGCGAUAUAUUCGGCCUUAUAGCUCGAUAGCGCGGUGAUGCGCUAUCUGAUGCUCUUCCUCAUGAGCAUGCCGCCGAGGAAAACCCAGCAGAAUCCAGUGGUGGAUCGUCGGCCCGGUCGAGUCGCCCAGCUUGCGUCACAAAAGCCUGUAAGUGUUGGAUCCCGAGUGCCGAAUAUGAUCCCAUGGUGUUUUGUGCCAGCUAGGUAUCGGAGCGCACUUUUGGCGCCAAUCAAGUGUGGUGAACGAGGAGCAUGCAGGUGGCUGGAUAGGCGUUGCACGGUGUCGGCGAUGUCGGGUCUCGUGCAGACCAUGAGGUCUUCUUGGUCGGCGACUUCGGGCGUGGCGACAGGGUGGCAUGUGGUCAUUCUAAAAAGUUCCAGUACCUUUUCAGUGUACACCUCUUGCGUCAUGGUCAGUGUGCUUCGACCGAGGCUGCAGGUCACAUGGACUCUGAGUAUGUAGUGCAGCGGUCCUUGGCGUUUCAGGUCACCUUCGUUAACAAUUCGUGCAUGAUCUUAUCCAUCUGGGUUUGUGUUGGCGCGGCUACGAUAAAGUCGUCGACGUACGUGCCCAUGAUGUCCAUGUUGUCGCCUUCGAAGCGGGUGAAGACGCAUGGGUCAUGUGGGCUCUGUUUUCAACCCAGCUCCGCUAUCUUGGCCUUGCAGUGGACUUACCAAUCGUGUCCGCAUUGGUUGAGGCCGUACAGGGCUUGGCCCAGGGCUGUUUGACCAGGUGAUGCUUCAUGCCUUUCUGGUUCCUCUGCCCAAAUGGGCCGUUCUAAUCUUGCUUGGAUGUAU